CUUCAGUUAUCGAUAAGAAACCAAUCGGCCGGGGACCGUCGCCAACAUUCUAUGUGCGCAUUAAAUUAACUUGUUACCUUUAAAACCCUCGUUUCUUAACCAAAAAAAGGUUUUAGGAAACACCUAGCAGCAGCAGCAGAAUCUAAAACCCCAUUGGCAACCAAAACACGUGCCAAAACAAACGAUUAAAUUUUCCGUAAAAGUUGUAAAUAUAAAAAAAAGUCAGCAAGAUGGGAAUGGUAUCGAAACGCAAGAAGAUGCACUAUGGCGAUACCCAUCUGCAGAGGAGAUGGCGUGUGCGGAAUCGACGUCGUGAUCUCGACCAGAUCGACGACGAUCUGCAGACCCGGAGCGGUGAACUGAUCAAUCAGAAUGUGGAUCUCGACAAGCCGGGAUUCGCGCAGUUCUACUGCGUGCACUGUGCCAAGUACUUCAUCGAUGACACCGCCAUGCAGGCACAUUUCCGCACCAAGGUGCACAAGAGGCGUCUCAAGGCCCUAGAGAUCGAGCCGUACAGCAUCGAGGAGGCGGAACGCGCCGCGGGACGUGGCAGCUUCGUGAAGCCCAAGAAGCGGGCGAUGGAAACGCAGCCAUCGAAGGAGGACGUGGUCGCUGGCAAGAGGAUCCGAGUGGAAGUGGUGCCCGAGGAUACAGAUGCCACCGAUUCGCCAUCGACGUCCAAAACGAAGCGCAAGAAAGUCGAGAAAAUGGAGACAUAGGCGAGGAGGAUGAACCAAUCUAUUGAUCUAGCUUAGUUUUUAAGGCCCUCGGGGACAGGACUUUCUUCACCCCCCUCCCACAGAACUCUGUUUACCUCCAAUUGCUUUCUUUAAAUACAUUUUUUUUCCAAC